GAUAAAGUAGGCGAAAAUAUUUUUCUUGUAGCAUGUGUAACCCAAAAAAUCAUUUGUAACUUAUGAAUUUAUACAAUAAAUGGACCACCAAACAGACAUGGGUGCUUAUGGUGAAAAUCCGAAUGUUCAGAACAAUGGAAAUUAUAUAACAAUUAUCCCUGUCGAUUAUUCAAGGCGUGGAUAUCCGAUUCAAGCAGAAUAUCAAUACAACGAAUUCAGGUCACGUGAAGAAUAUUACAGUGUACAAAGUCAAAAGUUACAAGCUGAAGUGAACGCACAUUUAUAUUCGGUGUCACAGAGAUUGCCGCAUUUGUCGUAUAGUCCUUUAGGGCGCCACAGCGACUGGGACAAACAUGACCCCCAUAAACCCCUUCAGACAGACUCCAAAGAGAGUAACAGCUCAGACUCUUUGGAAAAGAGUGUUAUGGGAUCCAACUUGAGCAGUUGUUCCAACCAAACUGGAUCAAGCAGUAUAGCGGCUGGAUCGUUCAGUACCACGGAACCUAUUACCAGCGGUGGUAGCUCCUCUAGCGCCAUAUCACCACCUUUACCAGGCUCAUCAGGUAGUACAGCUUCUUCAUCGACCGUCUCUUCAAAUCCCAUUACCUACGUGUACCUCAUGUCUCGCACUGCUGUCAUGAUGGAAAUGAGCUCAGAGGAGAUGCCGUUGUGUGUCACAGCGGCGCGGUUCCUCAAUGGAGUAUUAGCUACCGAGGAGUUGGGUCUGACGCAGCCUAGCUCUAGAAGUUUAGCGGCUAAUGUUUUCGCAUUGUGGAUGUGCAGUCCUUUGUUAGAAAUUCAAUUGAAGCCACACCACUGCCCGUGGCAGCUGUGGGCAAAUUGGCAGAAGCUACUUCAGAGGUACGGCCACGGAUCAGAAUCGAGACGGGCAAAGGACCAACCAGUGUUGAGGUUACAGCGAAAUGUGUUUUUCCCUAAGCAUUUGGAAGAAGGGAUCAAGGAUUCCAAAAUCCAGGAGUUAUUGUACGAAGAAGCGAGAUAUAAUGUUGUGAUGGGCAGGUACCCGUUGGAAAGCGUUCAAGCGGUCAUGCUGGGCGGACUGCAAGCUAGAAUUCAAUUAGGCCCAUACGAUCCCCAUAGACAUACGGCGAAAUUCUUUAGGGAACACCAAGAUAAAUAUUUACCGAAGCACGCUCGUUCCGGUCGGUGGGCUCAGCUACUACCUGCGGGCCGGAAGGGCAGCCCCGAAGCGAAACUUCUAGAACAAGCACAAAGACCACCGGCAGCGCCGCCCAGAAAACUACGGCAUAAAUAUCUUGCGCAUAUUCGUACACAUUCCGCUUACGGGGCGGCAUUCUUCCAAGGUCAGAUCGAGCAACCAGUCCGCAGUCUAACGAGUCUGCUCGCCCACGAGGAUAUACCAGUCCUUGUGGCCAUCAAUUCCACCGGCGUGUAUGUCAUCGACGAUACUGAAAGUACUGUACUCCUGGGUUUGCUGUAUGAAGAGUUAUCUUGGGACUUCGGGUUACCGUCAGAUGACCAUGAGGACUGCCUGCCCUGUCUUUUUCUUCAGUUCAUGGUCGUGGAAAAUGGCCUACGUGUCUCUAAGAUAUUGCAGGUAUUCUCCAAGCAAGCCACAAUGAUGGAUACUCUAAUAGAGCACUUCGCAGGGGAGUACAGGAAACGGCUUGGCCAAGAAACGCCGAGUGACCACGCUAACUAUGACUACCAUUCUGAUUCCGGGAGUAUAUCGCUACCGCCAUUGUCCAGGCCGGACUCUCCUCAACGCCGACUAGCCAACAAACUGUCGAGGUUAGCGCUGGCAACCCACGACGGUCGAGGCAACCUACUUGGUGGCGCUGGUGACUGGAACACUGACUUGAACCAUCCUCAACCCUCAUGGAUACUCCCCAAACACUAGGUGCAUUUAAAAUUUGCCAUCUCUUGAUAUAAAAAAUAUAGUUCACGACUUAUACCAGAUAGGGUGGCCUGAAACAAUAUCAACUGUCGUGUAUUCCCCAGUUAGUCGUAUUCGGGCAACCUGACGAGUGACCGAUUGUAUAUAGUAAGCCUUACUGAUGUGUUUGUGAAUAAGUAUAUUCAUUAUUUAUUUUUAAUUUAACUAUAAGUAGAUCCUUUCUCCAAUGCCGACUAACCAACAAACUGUCGAGGUUAGCGCUGGC